AUGGGAAUUUAUGAUGUUGACACACGGGCUAUCACAUGCAGAUUACGGCAAGAUGGUAGCCUCAUUGGUGUGUUGAGUACCGACAAUUCUAUAACAGAUGAGGAACUACUUAAGAUGUCUCGUUCUUGGGACAUUGUUGGUAUUGAUUUAAUAAGUGGAUUGUCAUGUCAAACUGUGCAUGAAUGGGUUGAUAAAACAAAGCAAGAAUGGGAUUUUAGUUCUGGAGGGAGUGGAGAGACUUUCCAUGUUGUUGCUUAUGAUUUUGGAAUCAAGCAUAAUAUACUAAAGCAUUUGGCGUCUUAUGGCUGCAAAAUCACUGUUGUACCAUCGACGUGGCCAGCAACAGAAACUUUGAAGAUGAAUCCUGAUGGGGUGCUUUUCAGCAAUGGCCCUGGAGAUCCAUCUACUGUUCCUUAUGCAGUUGAGACAGUGAAGAAAAUUCUGGGAAAGGUGCCUAUUUUUGGAAUUUGCAUGGGCCAUCAAUUGCUGGGUCAGGCUUUAGGAGGCAAAACCUUCAAGAUGAAAUUUGGCCAUCAUGGAGGGAAUCAUCCGGUUCGUAACCUUCGAACAGGACAUGUUGAAAUUAGUGCUCAGAACCACAACUAUGCCGUUGACCCUACUACAUUGCCAGAAGGAGUGGAAGUUAUACAUGUUAAUCUUAAUGAUGGAGGUUGUGCAGGCCUUGCUUUCCCUGCUCAAAGAAUAAUGUCUCUUCAAUACCAUCCUGAAGCCUCACUAGGACCUCAUGAUUCUGAUUACGCUUUCGGGGAAUUUAUAGAACUAAUGAAGCAGCAAAAGACCAAGAAACUUGAAAAGAAAAUAUCUACAUGGAACCAAAACGGGUUUCAUGUUCCGUUUCAGCGUCUUCUACACGGAUUUCAGAAUCUGUUUCUAAUCAUGUCUAAUCGACUUUCAUCUAGAAGAUCAUGGCAGAAGAAGCAAUGUUAUAAGAUCAACUUGGAAACUCAAAGCAAAAGUCUUGAGGAUCAGAUAUCAGGCCUUAAACCUGAACUUGGUUGCUAUCAGAACCACAAGCAACUCUUGGAGCAGGAACAACUGAAAUUGCGCCAGAGAGUGGAAAUUAUUCAGAAAAAGAUUAUGCUAAAAAAUGCUGAGAUUGAGAUGAACAAAAGCGAAGUGAAUAAGCUGAGGGAAUGCAGUGUGAUGCAACAAGGGCUAUUGCAAGCACCUUUUCUUAGUUGGAAUAUUGAUCCGCUGCAGCAUUGGUACAAUGAUCCAAACUCAUAUCAAGGAAAUGGAGUGGGGACUUCAUACAUACCAGCAGAGCCGAGCCACAUGUGGAUACAUGAUAAUGUGCCGAACAUGCAUGGAAUGAACAUGAAUAUGCCUAACAACUACAUCGGAUCCAUGAUAAAUGAUAUAAGCAGAACCUUUCCGAACGAAGACCUUAAUUAG